AAUACAAACCCUAGCCCUAGUUAAUUUCCUACCAAACCAAUCAAACCAUCGAUCACAGAAGAAGCAAAACUUCCACCAUGGCAAACCCACUCCUCGGACCACCGGAGAUCCGCCUCCUUACCACCACCACUGCCGCCACCGGUACCACUGCCAAUCCUCCGAUGGGUUUCACCGAAAACAAUUCCGCCACCUACUUGUCAACCGGGAACCCGUGCCUCGACUUCUUCCUGCACGCGGUACCCGACACCCCGUCGGAACAGUUGGCGGAGCGAUUGCUCCUGGCGUGGGACCACGACGCGCUAACGUCCCUAAAGCUUGUGUGCAACUUGCGGGGCGUGCGCGGGACCGGGAAGUCCGACAAGGAAGGGUUUUACACGGCGGCGCUGUGGUUGCACAAGCACCACCCGAAAACCCUAGCGUGCAACGUGAAGGCUAUAGCGGAGUUCGGGUACCUUAAGGACGCGUUGGAGAUUCUCUACCGGUUGCUCGAAGGACCCGAGAUCCGAGAGAAGGAAAAAAUGGAGUGGCAGAUUCAGAAGGGAGAAGCCAUGGAUCUGAGCCUCGGUCGAAAGAAGAGGAAGGCCACGGACGAUAAGGAGAAAGUGAAGGCUUUGAGGCAGGAGAAGGCGGUGGCAAAGGCUAAAAAGGCUUUUGAAAGGUAUAACCGCGAUUCGGACUAUCGGUUCUUGCACGACCGCGUAUCUGAUCUCUUUGCGGAGCUUCUGAGAUCCGACAUGGAGUCCUACCACGCCGGGGAGCUUGACAAAAUCGGCCUCGCGGCCAAGUGGUGUCCCUCCCUCGACUCUUCCUAUGAUAGAGCUCUACUCAUGUGCGAGAGCGUCUCAAGGAAAGUAUUCCCGCGAGAAGAGUACGUAGAGUACCAAGACAUCGCAGAAGCUCACUACGCUUAUCGGGUUCGCGACCGCCUCCGAAAGGAAGUACUCGUCCCUCUCCACAAGGCCCUAGAACUCCCUGACGUCUACAUAAGCGCAAAGAAAUGGAACAACCUCCCAUACGAACGCGUCGCGUCGGUGACAAUGAAGCUUUACAAGAAGUUUUUCUACAAGCACGACAAGGAGCGAUUCGAGGAGUAUUUAGAGAAAGUGAGGAUUGGAGAGAGCACAAUUGCAGCCGGAGCGCUACUUCCCCACGAGAUCAUCAAGUCCUUGGACGACGACACCGGUCCAGAGGUGGCAGAUCUCCAGUGGAAGCGGAUGGUGGACGACAUGGCGAAGAAAGGCAAGUUGACGAACUGCAUGGCGGUUUGCGAUGUGUCGGGGAGCAUGGAAGGGAUCCCCAUGGAAGUCUCGGUCGCGCUAGGGCUAUUGAUAUCCGAGCUGAGCGAAGAGCCGUGGAAAGGGAAGCUAAUGACAUUCAGCUCGAACCCGCAACUCCACGCUAUCGAAGGAGAUAGCCUCAGGGACAAGACGGAUUUCAUCAAGAACACAGAGGCGGGGGCGAGCUCGGAUUUCCAAAAGGUUUUUGACAGGAUCUUGGAAGUCGCGGUGAGGGAGAACUUAAGUGAAGACGAGAUGAUAAAGACGGUUUUCGUUUUCAGCCACAUGGAGUUUGAUGAGGCCUCGAGUCCUUGGACAUAUUCGUGGGACUCGAGGUCUCAUUGGGCCUCCUCGACUAAUAAUUGGGAGACCGAUUAUAUGGCGAUUCAGAAGAAGUAUAAGGAGAAGGGGUUCGAAAAGGUACCGGGAAUAGUGUUUUGGAAUCUGAGAAACUCUGUUGCCACGCCGGUGCCUAGCAAGCAAGAGGGCGUGGCGUUAGUGAGCGGGUUUUCGAAGAAUCUCGUGACUCUGUUUCUGGAGGGUGGAGGGAUUUUGAGCCCUGAGGCUGUAAUGUUGCAGGCUAUUAGUGGAGAAGAGUAUCAAAAGCUUGUAGUGCUUGAUUGAGAUCAGAGAAGUGUGGAGGUUAAAGCCUAGAACUGGAUAAUAUGAAUGUUGAAUGAGUUAGGCAAAAUCGAAUAAAAAGGGCCUAGAUAGGAUCAGACUUGUUCUUCCGUGUCGUUAAAGGCCGAAUUUGUUGCUACC